CCUAAAGUGCUUCUUGCUCAAGCCAUCCAUCACUUUUAUCAUUUCCCUUUCAUAAUCUCCCAAUCAGAGCUUUUUCUCUAUCCAAGCAACAAAAUAUACAGCUCUGUCACCUGGAGUAUAAGUUGUCGCUUUCAUACUUCACAAUCACAUAUCUCCUUUUUCUCACACACACAAACAUCUUUAAAAAUCAAAACUUCAUGGCAGCUAAGGCCAAGAACAACAACAAGAUGGUGAAUGAAUUGGGUUGUGGUUUCAUGGGGAAAAUUCUCCAAUUCAAAAACCACAGGCUGAGAAACUCAUCUGUUCAUUCACUACCCAUCAAGGCACACAGUGAUGAUCAUGGCAAAAAUGAACUCAAGAAGUUUCCAAAUGAAGAACCAAAGGUUCCAUUAAGAAGAAGUUUCACCGACACAACACUCACUGAGCCACAAAAACAGAGUACAGAACAGAGACUUUCAAAAAAGAGUCAUCAAACACCCUCAACACACCAAAAAACCCAUCAAAAUAGAAGGAAUUCAGAUGCUGCAAGAAAUUCAACAUCAUCCUCAACUGGUAGUUCAACUUCAAACCACACAAAGGUUCAACAAAACCAUGACAUGAAUGAUGAAGUGAAGCUACAGAGAGAGCCCACUGCCAAUUCCCUGCAACUUGCUAGAAUAAGCACAAGUUACCAGAAAGACAAUGAUGGCAACAAAUCCUCACCCAAAGAGUUUUCUCCUUUGAAACUCACUGGGAACUUGCUUGUGAAUCACACCCCAAGAAGAAAGAGUGUAGAAUACACCCCUAAAAUUUCAUCAGAGCUGAAUAAAAGAAGCAAUUCAAGCAAAGGUGUGAUGAUGGGGAAUAUCAUGAGGAAGAACAGCAAUGAUCUUGCACAGCUUCUAACUCAAAGGCAGAGCAGAGACCCUGAGGUGUUGAAGUCAACGGGGAAUGAAGCAUACAAGAAGGGAAGGUUUGAAGAGGCUCUGGCUUUGUAUGAUCAAGCAAUUGCCCUUGAUUCAAAUAAAGCAACUUAUCAUUGCAAUAAAAGUGCGGCUUUAAUUGGCUUAGGAAGGUUUGAGGAAGCCAUUUUUGAGUGUGAGGAAUCAAUCAGACUAGAGCCUUCAUAUAUCAGAGCCCAUAACCGCUUAGCAACAAUAUACUUCAGGCUAGGAGAAGCUGAAAAAGCAUUGGACUGCAAUAAUUCAACAUCAUCUGGUGAUUCUGUGCUCACUUUCCAAGCUCAGGCUCUUCAAAAGCACAUGAUCAAAUGCAAUGAAGCUCGGAAAUUCCAUGAAUGGAGAGUUAUACUGAAGGAAACACAGUCUGCAAUAUCCGUAGGUGCUGAUUCAGCUCCUCAGAUCUAUGCUUUGCAAAGUGAAGCAUUGCUAAAGCUAGUGAGAUAUCAAGAGGCGUAUUCCAUAUACGACAAAAUUCCGAAAUUUUCACUUGAUUGGUGUAACAAGAUUUUUGGCCUGGCUACUAGUGCCUACCUCUUGAUGAUAGGCGCACAGGUUUACUUGACAGCUGGCAGGUUCGAGGAUGCUUUGACAGCAGCUCAGCAAGCAGCAAGAGUCGACCCAAGCAACAGAGAAGUGAAUGCAGUGUUAAGGAGAGCUAGAGCAGUGACAUCAGCUAGAAUGAGUGGAAAUUUACUCUUCAAGGCCUCAAAAUUCACGGAAGCUUGUGCGGUGUACAAUGAAGGACUAGAACAUGAUCCCCAGAACUCAGUUUUGCUAUGCAACAGAGCAGCAUGUCGCUCUAAGCUAGGCCAAUAUGAGAAAGCAAUUGAAGAUUGUAAUGCAGCACUUAUGGUUGUGCCAGGUUAUAGCAAAGCAGUGCUAAGAAGGGCAGAUUGCAAUGCCAAGUUGGAACACUGGGAAGCUGCCAUUCAAGACUAUGAAAUGCUACUAAGAGAGAAGCCAGGGGAUGAGGAAGUGGCCAAGGCUUUGUUUGAGGCUCAGCUCCAACUCAAGAUGAUACGUGGUGAAGAUACUAAGGACUUGAAGUUUGGGUCAAAUUUGGUUUUUAUUUCAAGUAAUGAUCGGUUCAGACACUAUGUAACUUCACCUGGGAUGGCUGUGGUGCUGUUUAGCAACAAGGCAACCCACAAGCAAGUGUUGCUAGUGUUGGAGCAAACCAGCAAGAGAUUCCCAUCAGUUAAUUUCCUCAAGGUGGAGAUUGAAGACCACCCCUACUUAGCAAAAUCAGAAGGUGUGACCUCUGUCCCAGCCUUCAAAAUAUACAAGAACGGAUCAAAGGUUAAAGAGAUUUCAGGCAACAAGCACGAGUUGUUAGAAAGAUCAGUUAAAUUGUACAGCAGCUGAGACUGAGAUGAUUGCACAUCUUCAAAUGAGGAAAUGAGCAAGAAAAUUGUUUGAUUUUUCAGGAAGAAAACAAAAAAGAUGCCCAAAAUGAUUCCAGAUAAUUUUUUCUCCUUCAUAAAUUUGAUGACCUUGCUCACAAGGCAGAGGAAACAAGAGAAGAAUCAUUAUAUCACUGUAGCAAGUUUAUAGAGAAAAGGAAUUCCAUCAUUCCAUGUAUAUUGGUUUGACAAACCUAAACAAUACCUUGUAUUUUUUUCACUUUUUGAAUGUUAAAUUUUCUUCAAA